AGAAAAGAGAUGGCCUUCUCUUCCCUAACCCUGCAAUUCUGAUGGCGGGUGAUUGAGAAUGAGAAAAUUAAGAAAUGCGUAGUGUUGAUGAUGAUGAAGAUUGGAUGAAUGAAGAAGAAUGGGAAAGAGAGUUGUGUCCUUUGUUCUUCCUAACAGAGCCCUGUUCUUCUCAUCCACUCCUGAAAACCCCACCCUUUACUCCUUCCUCCAGCCCUCAGUCUUUGCCCUAACCAAAAACAAGCAGCAACCCAUUUCAGAACCCUCCCCAAAGGCACCAACUUGCCUCUCACCGUCCCAGCUCUCCACUCUGGAAACCACCCUCCACAAGUCCCUCCUAAGCAGCAACACUGAUGAGGCAUGGAAGUCCUUCAAGGCACUCACCACCCACCAAGCCUUCCCUCCCAAACCCCUCACCAACUCCCUCCUCUCCCACCUCUCCUCCCAUGGUGACACCCUCAACCUCAAGAGGGCAUUUGCCUCUGCUCUCUUUCUCAUGGAGAAGAACCCCUUGUUGCUCCAACAUGACACCCUCCACCACAUGCUCCUCUCCAUGAAGGGUGCCAACACUCCAGCCCCUGCCUUUGCCCUUGUCAGGUCCAUGCUCAGGUUCAGGUUCUUUGUUCCCUUUCAUGUUUGGGGGCCCGUGCUUGUUGAGAUCAGUAGGAACUGUGGUAACCUUGCUGCUUUCUUGAGGCUCUUUGAGGAGAAUUGUAGGGUAGCUCUUGAGGAGAGAGUUGAGUUCAUGAAGCCUGAUGUUGGUGCUUGCAAUGCAGCACUGGAAGGUUGCUGCUGUGAGCUUGAGUCUGUAAGUGAUGCUGAGAGGGUUGUGGGGACAAUGUCAAGUUUAGGGGUUAGGCCUGAUGAGUUCAGUUUUGGAUUUCUGGGGUAUUUAUAUGCACUCAAGGGCUUGGAAGAGAAGAUUAGGGAGUUAGAAGUUUUGAUGGGUGGGUUUGGCUGUUUCAACAAGAAGGGUUUUUAUUGUAAUUUGAUUAAGGGUUAUGUUAAGUCUGAGAAUUUGGCAUCUGUGGAGGCCACUAUUGUUAGAUUUCUGAAUGAUGGAUGUGGGAAGGAUUGGGGUUUUGGUGUUGAAACUUUCUGUGAAGUGAUUAAGGUUUAUUUUCAGAAGGGAAAUAUCAAGGGGUUGGCUAAUUUGAUUGUUGAAGCUCAGAAGAUAGAGGGUUCAAAUAUUGUGGUUGAUAGGUCUAUAGGGUAUGGUAUUGUUAAUGCGUGUGUUAGUAUUGGAUUAUCUGAUAAAGCACAUAGUAUUCUUGAUGAGAUGGAUGUUCAGGGGGCCUCUGUGGGUCUUGGGGUCUAUAUACCUAUCUUGAAGGCUUACUGUAAAGAAAAUAGAACUGCUGAGGCUACUCAAUUGGUGAUGGAGAUUAGUAAUUCAGGUCUUCAGUUGGAUGUGGGAACCUAUGAUGCUUUGAUAGAAGCAUCCAUGUGCAGCCAAGAUUUUCAGUCAGCAUUUUCACUGUUUAGGGACAUGAGAGAGGCAAGGAUUCCUGACUUGAAAGGAAGUUACUUAACUAUAAUGACAGGUUUGAUGGAAAAACAUCGGCCUGAGUUGAUGGCAGCUUUCUUGGAUGAGGUGGUUGAGGAUCCUAGGAUUGAUGUAGGUACUCAUGAUUGGAAUUCUAUAAUCCAUGCUUUCUGUAAAGCUGGGAGACUUGAAGAUGCGAGAAGAACUUUUAGAAGGAUGAUGUUCCUGCAGUUUGAGCCAAACGAUCAGACAUACUUGUCUAUGAUUAAUGGAUAUGUCUUGGCUGAGAAAUAUUUUCUCGUGCUGAUGUUGUGGAACGAGGUUAAGAGGAAGCUAUCCAUGGAUGUGCAGAAGGGGAUCAAGUUUGACCAAAAUUUGGUUGAUGCGUUCCUUUAUGCUAUGGUUAAGGGUGGUUUCUUUGAUGCUGUUAUGCAAGUUGUGGAGAAAGCUAAUGAGAUGAAAAUAUUUGUUGAUAAGUGGAGAUACAAGCAAGCAUUCAUGGAGACCCAUAAAAAGCUCAGGGUGGCAAAGUUAAGGAAAAGAAAUUUUAGAAAAAUGGAAGCACUUAUUGCUUUCAAGAACUGGGCCGGCUUAAAUGCCUGAACCUUUUAUAGUGGCUACUUCAUAUCAUAGGGAUUAAAGGAUCAUGUCUGGAUAAAAUAACUCAAAAUGAAAGCUGAGAAUGGUUUCAAUAUUGUAGAUUCUUUCAAAAAGUAUUCAAUUGACUAUGGCAUGUUCCGCUUUUGAAUUGGUGACACUGAACAUGAAUGGAGGGAAGCAACAGAACAAUACAAGUUCAUUGAGCAUUGUUUCGCUUCAGUUGACAGACAAAAACAGCCGUGGCUUUCAUCCAUUAAAUAUUUUUUAGACUAAAAUCCUUUUUCAGUUCUCUUUUUCGUUUCAAAUAUUCAAUUAGUUCUCUGAUUUUUAUUUGGUUCAAUUAAGGACUCGUAUUUGUAUAAAUGAUCUAAUUAGGUCAUUUUUUUUUAGAUUGACAUUAAUGUUGUGUUCAUACAUG